UUGUUGUCGCUGGUGCCAUCAUGGCGGUACAGGCGUGAAGUAGGGCUGCAUCUUUCAGUUGGAAUGACUUAAAACUCUUUCAUUUUCCUCCGCAUUACAUUUCAAACGCCCCACCGACGUCCUGGGGUUCCUACGUUGACAGACACGGAGCUUGUGGAGAAAAUCCGAGCGUUUGCUUUGUUGGUUGCUGUGCUAGUGUGGCUGAAGAGGGGCUUGGAGAUGUGCACACAGACGAAGGCUGCGGCUCUCAUGGCCAACAUACCGCAGGCUGACAUCGACCCGUCCGGCGUGUUCAAGUACGUCCUGAUCAGAGUCCACAGCCGAGAGGAGGGAGACGACUCGGAGGUGGAUAUAGUCCGAGGAUACGGCUGGGCUGAGUACCACGCUGAUAUCUAUGAUAAAGUUUCUGAGGAGCUGGAAAAGGGCGGCCACCUGGACUGUGAGUGUGUCGGAGGAGGAAGAAUCAGACAUGAUGCCCAGGCUAAGAAGAUUCACGUCUACGGAUACUCCAUGGGAUUUGGAAGAGCAAACCAUGCAGUGACGACUGAGAAACUGAAGGCUCGGUACCCAGACUACGAGGUGACCUGGGACAAUGAAGGAUACUGAAAUUAAACAAGACCAUCCUCUGCUGGAAGCCUUUUUCUUUAUUAUUUUUACUGCCAUUAAAACACAAAUCAAGCCUAUUGUGUAUUUUGGAAUUUAAAUCAUUUAUACAUAUUGUCAGUUUUGCAGAAGUUUUCGCUGACUUGUUUUAAAGUCACACAGCCUCAUACAUUUUGACCUGAAAAUCACCAAUAUGCAACUUAAAAGUUCCUUCACACUGCAUGUGUGCGUAAAAAUGACUCAAAACAUCAAUGGGUAGUGGCACGUGGAGAUCGACAGAGACCAAUCAAACAAAUGAUGGCAAAUUUUGUAUUAAGAGCGCGCUGUAUGUUGGAAAGUGAGCUGUACUUGCUUUGUCGCGAUCUAUAUUUCAUAAAUGCUUCUUGAAAUCUG